UUAUUCCCAUCAUCCCUUUCUCUCGCGCCUCUUCCUCUUUACUGUCUGUAUUUCUGUCUCUUUUUCUCUCUCUCUGGGGUGUCCUUGCUAUCUUUGUAAACACAAUUGGAGAGGUUUCUUAUUUUUUUUUUAACCUCCGCCUCCAAAAUGAGCUUAUUAAUGUCGUCCUCGGUAUCAUUUCUGUUUGGCUCGUCAAAUUCAUUUCUUUUUCCUCUGUGUCCGUUUAAUUGAACCCAUUUUAAAAAAACACAUAAUUAGCAUUUAAAUCUCUUUCCUACAGUCUCUUGCCCUCCCCACGUCGCUCUCUCUCCCCUCUCUAACUCCACCAGACUCUGCAUGUCUCAGUCGCUAAGGCAACCGAUGCUUUUUUUUCCCUCCCUCCCUCACUCUCUCUCUCUCUCCCUGUAUCUCCCCCUUUCUCUCUGUCUCCCUCUCUCAUUCCCUCUCUCCACAGCCAGAGAGAGAGAUGAUCGGAGAAGAGGAGUCUCAGUGAACAGAGUGAAGCGAUGGAGAGAUGCUCCAUCUCUCCUGUCGCACGACUGACUGGCCUCAUCUCUCUCCUCCUGGUUGCUUUGGUGACACAGCCCUCCACCUGUAACCGUGACGACAGAGAGGCAGAGGAGCAGGUGGACGCCCUGUCGGUCCAGCUGUCCGUCACCGCCCAAGUCACGCCCACCCCUCUGUGGGCGGUGGUCUGGGGUCCCACGCAGCAGCUGGAGGACGAGACCUACCACUUCCUCUCCAGCCAGGAAACCGAUCACCUGUACCUGCACGGGAACCAGCAAGAGGCCAGCACCGCCACGCCUGAGAACUGGCUUUACCCCGACGAAAGCAUGCAGCCACCACUGGAGCCCAAGAAGGGAGUGGAGGAUGGUGGGACUGAGGCAGAGGAGACAGAGCCUGAGGAAGUGGACCCACAGUUCUACGUCACCGUGACCAUCUCCUCGCUGCUCAUCCUGACAGCAGUCAUCAUUACAGCCAAACUCUGUUACGAUCGCAGCUGUUCCCAGCAUCCGCCCCCGCUUUCCCGUGGCGUAGCACCCCCCCUCUCCCUCGCUCUCCCUCGCUCCCUUGCUUCGGAGGACAGCCGGCAGACGCUGCACAGCACCUCCUCCUCUUUCACCGACAGGGAGAGGAUCCCUGUUGUGAACCUCUGAGGUGACUGUUUUUCCAUAUGGUAAACAUUUCUACGGGGCCCGAGGAGGAGCAUCAACAAGACCGGAGGGUGCGCCCGCAGCACCGUUUUUAUUUUCUCUAAACUGUGAAAUGAAUUCAGGGAUCCCAGGUAUCCAGCCAUCACAAAACACUCCUGCUUCCCUGAGGUCUAAAAAAAACAAAAAAGGAACAUCUGAACUCAUCUCCCUCCUUUCCUCCGUCCGUCCUUCCUUCCUUCUGGCUUGGUGUAAAUUUCUGUUAAUGUGGAUCUUCGUCACUGUGACAUGUUCUCUGUUUUCCAGCCUUUAUUUGGCCCCGAGCUCUGCUAAGCUUCGACCCGCCACGACUAAUUCACAAACAAGCAGUUUAAACAACCAUAAAGCAUCCCAUUAUCCCCGAAAUGCCCUACCUGUGCUUCCACAACCGUUCCCACCAAUCCAGCCCCACAUGUGAAGCUGUUUAGUAUUAAUGGCAAUCCCGGCAGAGUCUUCUUUUUACAUAACAUGACACUCAAAUUUGGCUCAGAUUAACAGGCUUGUAGAUGGUUGAAAAGCCAUUCUGAGCACCUCCACACACUGAACGGGGCAUUUCACAAAGCUGUUUGGCACGGCUGUAGCCAGCAGCCAAUGUGUUUAACAUGUCACGCUCCAAAAACUGCUGUUUAUUCCUCGCUUUGGGAGCCCAAAAUGCAAAUAGUGUGGCUGUAUCCCUCUGCACUAUGCAGAGGAGCCUGUUUUUGUUUCACUUUUUCCUCAUGAUUUGUUCUCUUAAUUAUCUGGCCGACGUUCACCUUUUCUCGGCGAACCCUUUUUCUGCCGGACGCUGCAGAGGUACUUCAAAUAUUCAGGACGUGAAUGGAAGCGAGGAACCGUUCCUGCUGAAAAUCGAUGUUUCCCAAAGGUUUGGAUGGUACACUACAAAGACAGAUUGAUGUAUCAGUGAACUGCACAUGUGAUCAAAGGACUGAUGUUACCACAACAAGAUGUUUUUCUUCUUUUUCCCCCCCUCUUCUUUUCACCCGACAGCCAAGUAUCUCAAUCUGGAAAACAAAACCACCAUCGUUCCCUCUCACAUCAUUAUCAUCAUCAUUUUUUUUAGCUGUCUUGGGUGCACCAAGGGAAAGUAGAACAUCAAGGAGCAUCGUUUCUGUAUCUCCUGUGAAUCUGCAUGUAUACAGUAAGACAACCUGUGAGAGUUGCUUUGAAUCUAUUAUUUAUAAAAUGUCUAUUUUACCUAUCAGUGAGUGAUGUCUUUUAGACCCUUUCAAAGCCAAAUGUCACUUUGUGUCUGGCAACUUUUCUAAGCAGCUUUGAGGCAUGACCCCCUCCUUCCCUCCCUCUACCAGUUACACACAAACACACACAGAUUCCCACUACACACAUAGUGCUGGUGGCAUCAUGCGUAGCUCGUGCAAUCCUCCAGAUAUCCAGUCUUGUGAUUUUUAGUAGCAUUCCUGUAGAAAUGUGGUCUUUCUGUACCAUGGAAGUUCAAUAAAGACUCAAUACUGGCGUUUUA